AAAUACUUUUUUGCCCCACUGUAUAUGAUUUCACCUUUUUUUUUACAUUGUCAUAAAGUACAAGUUUUCACAUCUCAAGAUGUUAAAUAAAACAAAAGGACUAUAGUAAGUACCUAAUAAGUGUACCAGUUUGAGCGGAUGGGUAAUAAGGUCGUUUUACAAAACAAGUCCCUUUUGGGUAGUGUAACUUAGUGAAAAAAAACAUUUUAACAUUCUGCCAUGUAGAGCACAUGUUCAACUUAAUAAAAACCACGUUAUCCUAACUCGAGGAAAAAAGACUAAGUGCCAAAUAAAGUAAAAGGGUUGACCAUAACAGGGUUGACCAUCCCCUUUUGACAUGGGGAAUUGAAGUGUGUUGUGUGCAACAGGGAAUGAUAAUUGAAUGCAAUAUCCACACAUUUUGUUACGUGUUACUCUCGUCCCGCUCAGUUUUCCACCCAAAAACACCAGAUAAUUGUAAAAUAAAGUACAACCAGCUCACCUGCUUUUACACUAUGAUUUGACUAUAGAUGUUCAAUGUUUCUUUUGAAAAAAAAUAUUUCUAAGUCUGUAUUUCUAGUAAAAAAAAGAGUGAAGUUCAUCUACCAGGGUUCUUAAAAUGAGGGACAGACAAAUGAAUCAUUAAUCACAUGAAAUGAAUAAUCUUCAAAAACGAAUUUGUCAAAACAACAAAAUAACUAGGGCUUUACAAUGAUGGUGAAAACUUGGAGAAAUGUUCAUAAAGUAGGGAAAACAUCUUCCUAGAAGCACGGAGGGACAUGUCAAAAUGCUGAGUUUGAGCACUUUACCAAGUCUUUAUUCAUAUAAAACAUUUGAUUUAUUGAAUUAUCCAUGUGGUCUAUAUUAAAAGGCACUUCAUUUAAUAUAACAGGCUUCAAUAUUGGUUCACAAUUUCUAUUUAAAAUAUUAAAGGGGUGUGAAAGGGACUCUUUUAGUGAAAUGGCUUACUGAUGUAGUCUGUUCUGCAUUACUGGGGCUGGGCUGUCCUGGAAUACAGGAUGUUCAUUUCCUGAAGAAUUUACUGUCGUUUUUUUUUUUUUUUGUAUGGGGAUCAGUGAUUAACAUCGCUUGAACACUGUUUGGGAAGCUGCACUUUUUCUCUACAGAAUAUUCUAAAUCUGUUCCCUACGGGUAAAAAACAACUGAAAUCAUGGUUCCCCCAAUCAACUCAUCUGACUAUGAUGACUACAAUGAUUCAGUGGUGAUACCAUCUCAGUCCCCAGUCAUCUAUGAGAUGUAUCAGAUGAGGACUGGCUUGAGAUUAUUGUAUGUGUCGGUCUACUCAGCCAACCUUCUACUGGGUCUACUGCUCAACGCUGCCGUCAUCUUCAUGAUUGUCUGGAAAUACAGGUCCAAGAAGAAACUGAGUCGACGGAUGUUGAUCAUUGGCUUGGCUGCCACCCACCUCAUCUUCUGCCUCUUCACUCCACUUUACUUGAUCACAGCCUGGAACUACUUCUCCUGGACAUUUGGGAAGGUUGUCUGCAAGCUGGGGUCCUUUGUGAUGUUUAUGAAUAUGUUCUCUGCCUCAGUGAUGAUCACUUUCUGGAAUGUGCGCUGGUGUGUCCCCAGAUGUUUUGAACAUCACAUGUCCAGCAGCAUGGUUCUGCUAUCCUGGUUCACUGGGGCCAUACUAAGCGCCCCCUCUUUACUGUCCAGGGAGGUUCAGUAUACUGUCAAUGGACACGUCUGCCUUGACAACUAUGAUUAUACUGAACAACGCCGGAUCUCUAAAGAGGGUAAGGAGAGAAUGAUGGCUGUGGUGAGCUGUCGCUUAAUUUUUGGGCUGCUGCUCCCUUUGGGUGUGACAUGUGUCAGCCGUUGCUGCAUUAACAGCAGGGGAAAUAACCAAGUGAAGUCAUUGGUUAUUCGACCUGUGACUAUUGCCCAUUUCCUAUGCUGGGCUCCUGUCCUCUGCCUAUCUAUGUUGCAAAUCGCAAUGGGGAUAGACAACAAAUGGUUCAGAUACGUAUUGCCCACAGCCACUGCCCUGUCAGUCUUAAACAGCUGCAUCUAUCCUAUCAUCUGCAUCUGGCAAGGAAAUAAAGAACUUAAGCAUAACUUUCGCUCACAGCCUGAAGAGACCCCUCAGACAGAGGACGAAGGAGAGGAGGGCCAUGAGAUGACUUGCCUGGAUAGGGAGGACAAUGUCCUUGAACAGUAAUGGGAAUACAACAUACUUUUCCUGCUUGAAAUGUACUUGUUAAUGUCAUGCAAAAUAUACAAUAUUUUGGUCUAUAAUUUUUAUGAAUUGUAUACUCACAGUAUGUACAGUAUAAUUACACAUUGUUCUAAAUCCCUCUUGAUCAAGGUAACAAAUGUCUUAUUUUUUAAACUGUAUUUAUUUUCUUUUCAAAUGCUUAUUAAAUAAAGAUUUGAUGAAAUAUAUAACCAUUAACAUUUCUGAAAAUAUUUCUUUUGAAUUAAAUGUUACAAUAUGCGAUAGGAAAAAUGUCCCUUGCAAGAAAGUGUCAUUUUUAUUUUCACAUGUUAAAAUCACAUUUUCACACAAAAUCACAUUUUCACAUGUGAAAUAACCUUUUCAGAGGUGAAAUAGCAUUUUCACAUGUUGAGCUGAAAAGUGGUCAGUUUUUAUAUUUACAGUAUGUUAUUUACGUACAGUAUGUUCACAUGUUAACACCACCUUUCCACAUGAGGAGAACACAUAUAAUUUCCAGUUUUACAUGUGAAACACUUUAACAUUUGAAAAUCAAACUUUCACAUGUGGAAUAGCAAGUUCACAUGUGCACUUCAAAAAAUAUUUAGGCUGCUGUUAAGUUUUGCUUUAUAAUAGUGUGUUAACAUUACACCAGGGGUAGACAACUACAUUCACCUGCGAGCUGUUUUUUGUCGGAGCGAAUGGUCGGGGAGGCGACACAUUGGUGCGGCUGGCUUCCGGUUUGGAUGCGCGCUGUGUUAAGAAGCAGUGCGGCUUGGUUGGGUUGUGUUUCUGGAGAACGCAUGGCUUUCGACCUUCGUCUCUCCUGAGCCCGUAUGGGAGUUGUAGCGAUGAGACAAGAUAGUAACUAUUUACUAAAUAAAGUAUGAAAUGUAGAAUGUAGUUGUCAACACCUGGGAGAAAAGGGGGUAAAAUAUAUAUAUUUUUUAAAUGUAAAAGUUCAACAGUAGCACCAUCGAGAGCAUCCUAACCGGUUGCAUCACCACCUGGUAUGGCAAAUGCUUCGCAUCCGACCGUUAGGCGCUAACAAUUGGAUACCAAAAGGCUCCUUAACAGCCUCUACCCCAAAGCCAUGAGACUGCUGAACAAUUAAUCAAAUGGCCAUCCAAACUAUUUACAUUGACACCCCCCGUUUGAUAUUACACUGCUGCUACUCACUGUUUUUUAUCUAUGCAUAGUCACUUUACCCCUACUUACAUGUUCAAAUGACCUCGAGUAACCUGUACCCCUGCACAGUGACUCGGCACCGGUGUACCCUGUAUAUAGCCUCUGGAAUAGUUUUUUUAUUGUGUUACUUUUUACUUUAGUUUUUUAGUAAAUAUUGUCUUAACUCUAUUGAACUGCAUUGUUGGUUAAGGGUUUGUAAGUAAGCAUUUCACAGUGUUGUAUUCGGCUCGUGACAAAUAACAUUUGUUUUGAUUUGAAUUAGAGUAUCAUGUAGUGGCAUACAACUAGAGAUGUUACAUUGAGCUUGGUGUAUAGAAUAUGAAUGAUAGUCAUCCAACAUGCUGUAACAGAAAUAAGGCCAUGCAAAAAAUAAAAAUAAUCUUCCAUCUUAAA